AUGGGUGGAGAAAUUGAUGCUUCUGUGAACAACGGACGUGGACCUUUUGUCUUCAGGCUUCAUGGUCAAAACUUUCAUCAAAUUGGAAGCUUGCUGCCUGAAGAAGGACUCCCUCCUGCUUUUACACAGUUGUAUAUAUUUGAUACUGAAAAUGAAGUUAGAAACAGAAUAUCAGCUUUCAGUUCCAAAAGAAGAGCACCAAAUUCUCAGUCUAGAACCCUACGUGAUGAUACUGUGGAAGCUAUUAAAUCUAUGCUGGAUGAAUGCAAUCCAUACGCAAAGAUACUCAGAACCGCAAGGGAUCGAUUUGGUGAUGCAUUGCAGUCAUCUGAUGUGAAGAUGAUUUUGAUUUCUGGACGUGGGACAAAUGAGAAAACCUAUAAUCUUCCUACAACUUCAGAAGUUGCUGCAUUAUUUGUGGGAGAUUUUGAUGAAGAAAUAGAUGCUCGAGAUAUUAUUGUGGAAACAAAGGGAAAGAAAUUGACCAGGAUAAGUGAGCUUCACCCUUCAUAUCUACCUCUACAAUAUCCACUGUUAUUUCCAUUUGGUGAAGAUGGUUAUCAUAUUGAUCUACAUCUCAAGAGGACGACAACAACAUCAAAAAAGCCACGGUCUAAAGUUAGCAUGAGGGAGUUUUUUGCAUACAAAAUUUUUGAGCGCUAUAACCAAUUCAGUGCUCUUAUGUUCUCCGGGAAACUCUUUCAGCAAUUUUUGGUUGAUGGUUUUACAAUGAUAGAAGCAGAAAGAAUUAGAUAUCUCAAGUUAAACCAAAAGGCAUUACGUGCAGAUAAAUACAGCAAUGUUUCAACUUAUGCAGCAAGUGGAAACCAAGAUUCUACAAAGUGUGGAGAGAGAAUCGUCUUACCUUCAACAUAUGUGGGUGGUGCACGUUACAUGCGAGAAAAGUACAUGGAUGCAAUGGCUGUUUGUCAAACUUUUGGAUAUCCAGAAUUAUUCAUUACAUUCACUUGCAAUCCCAAAUGGCCGGAGAUUACAAGACAUCUACAGCAACGACGACUAAAAUCUGAAGACAGAGCUGACAUUUUGUCUCGUGUCUUCAAAAUGAAGUUGGAUAGUCUCAUAUUUGAAAUACAUAACAAAAACCUGUUUGGUUCAUCAAGAGGAGUAAUAUAUACUAUAGAGUUCCAGAAACGAGGACUUCCACAUGCCCACAUUUUGCUAUGGCUGAUGCCACGUUCCAAAACGCCUACAACAAUUGACAUCGACAAAGUGAUUUCUGCUGAAAUUCCUGAUCAAGCCACUGACCCAAUACUCUAUGAUAUAGUGAAAGAACUCAUGAUUCAUGGUCCAUGUGGGUUAGCAAAUCCACGUUCACCUUGCAUGGACAAAGGGAAAUGCACCAAGAAAUUCCCCAAAGACUUCUCGAAUGAUACAUAUAUCAAUAAAGAUGGUUUUCCAGUUUAUCGCCGAAGAAAUGAUGGGCGUUUUGUUGAAAAAAGCGGAGUUCCUAUAGACAACCGGUUUGUAAUUCCUUACAAUCCCUAUAUACUCCUCAAGUAUCAUGCACAUAUAAAUGUUGAAUGGUGCAACCAGACAAGAGCAAUCAAGUAUUUGUUCAAAUACAUCAAUAAAGGUAAUGAUAGAGUCACUGCAGCAGCAGCAGUUCCUAAAGAGGUUCCAACAAAUGAGGUGGGAGGUGAGACGAUUGUUAUAGAUGAAAUAAAGGAGUACUAUGAUUGCAGGUAUGUUUCACCUGGUGAAUCAUCAUGGCGAACCUUUGGCUUUGAGAUUCAUCACAGCAGCACCACUGUGCAAAGAUUGGCAGUUCAGUUACCAGGAGAGCACCAUGUGACAUAG